UAUUAUCCAUACCAAUAUGGAUUUUGAAGACCUGUUGUCUGACCCCACCUGCAUCCGUGGAAACACGACCUGGACGUCGUCCACACGUCGGCGCGCAUCCUCCUCCGGAACUUCGCCUAUCAGCUUUAAGUGAGGCUGGCCUGAUGACGAGAAUUGCAUCUCUCCCUCUUCCUUUUCGAGUUGUCAGGAAGACGAAUAUUAUCAUACCUCGAAUUGUACGCAGUAUCUAGGUGCCUACCUCACCUUCAGCUGCCUGCCUGCCGUAAAGUCCAACAGAUACCGAACGCCAAGCCAAGGAGCCACUAUACUAGGCCCACCGCCCACCACGAUCUGUUCUUGGUCCCUCAUUUCAACCGCAGCUCACUACCUUAGUCCCCCGGUCGCCGCCCCUCUCUCAUCGCUUCUCCAGCAGGCCAUGCAGAACAGGUCAUCUUUGGCUACGACACUCUGCAUCUGCGAUUCGCAGUCGCAAACACCAACAACCCAGCUAAGCUGACCUGCCAAUACCGCCAAACUAGCAGGCUGCAUACCCAUAUCACAACUGCGUCUCGUCCUUUUUUGAUAAUAUUUUUUUUACUUGUUUCUCCUACUUCUUCUGUUGUAACCGGCUUAUAUUUCUUUACCUAUCGGCGCCAGGCGGAUUCUUUGAUUUUUGUACGACAGACGCCGAGCGUCUUCCCGAACAUUGUGCGCGUCGAGCUGUAUCAUCUUUCAAACUCGACCACACUGCCGCAACUAUAUCAAUUGGUAUCAAGCCUCGGGCCAGCUAAGGUUGUACCAGCUCUAGGAUCUUUAAGCAGAGCAAAGCGGCUGCUCGACCUAUCUGCGUCUUCCUGCAUCUGUUACUCCUACAAACCCGACGCGCUCGCAACUGCGGUUAAGCGCAGGACUAGGAUAGCUCCAAGCCGCAUCCUCCUCAGUAUUUUUCUUUGAUCAGGAUUCAACUGGGCUUCGCAUCUCCCACGACAAAACCGGGUCAACGUUACUGCUCCCGUCGGUAUACGCUAGUUGCUGCAGACAACAGACGAAGAGGCCGGUUCCUGCGGCCGCCUCAAGCACUAGCGUAUCCGCGGCUCCAAUCCUGGUAUAACUCGCUUCAUCUCUGAUCUAGGUUGCAGCAGAGCCAACUCCCUUGACCAACAAGGCAGAAUCGCGGGAUUCCUCCUCCUACAGGUGAACCCUUGGUACCACUGCCAUUGGCGUCUGAACAAGCGUGCGGCGGCCUUGCGUGGACUGCGUCAUGGCCCUAGAAGCGCCUUUAAGAUCCUCAACCGGUAGCCUUAUUUCAUCGCACUCCUCGGCGUACGCAGACAUGUCCGUGUCAUCGCCAGACUCGCCGGCGGUGUCGAACAAGUUAUUGUCAAUGUCCUCACCUGCCGGGUCCACAAGUUCACCUCAGAGCCUUCGUCCUCACUCUUUCACAAGGGCCAGCUCUGCCAACAACCACCUUAUGAGCCCCAUCAGUGACAUCGUUGGCCCCUCACCAGUGACAUCCACCGGCACUGAGACAACCGAGAUCGAAGAUGACGACGAGUCCGUAGAUACUGGGUUCACUGUGCAGCGCAUACAUCCGAGCCCUCAACCACAGCUCCAAAUGCUGAAGACGAACAUACCAGAACAUCUACGAAAAAGCGGCAGUGAGGAGGCUGUGUCUGUCAUCCAUGCUCCUCAGAAUUUCCAAGCCUGGCCGGAGACACCAGCAGAUAUCGUUAGCCCACCCCCGAGUGAACGCUCAACCAAGUCACCCGUAAUAUCACCGCCACCCAUUUCAACAAACGUCAAACCUGCAAAGUUUUCAAUGGAAACCGCGACACCACAGGCACAAAACUUGCAAGACGUCAUCAGUGAUCAGAACAGACUGCGCUCAAGCAGCGCGAGCAGUCUAGAACUGAUACCAGAAAAUAGCCAGGGCGAAUCGGAUGCAGAGCAGUAUGAAAACGACCCUGAUUAUCACAGCCCGGUAAUGGAAGAGGAGAAUGAAAUCCAGGCGCUCAACACUGCACUCGAGGAGUGCUGGACUCUAUGCAACACACUAGCGGGUCUGAGUUCGAUCCACAGGGAGCGCGUCUUCAGCAGCUCAGGCACGCCUGAUGCUCACGAGAAGGCAUGGAAGUGCUGCUGGAAGCUGUGUCAGAGAUUAUAUCACAGUCGGGACGAAACGGAGGAGUCAUACACUCUGCGAACCAAUCUUGAUCUGUGUCGUGAUUUCUGUCAAGCACUAUUCGAUGUCAGGACUCGCAAGGACGACACAGCGGAUUCGGUCCUGCGUGUCAGUUUCGAGCUCAACAACCAUCUAUACAGCGCACAGGACACGCGAAAUCUGCCCGAAGCAUUUCGCGAGCGUACCCUAGAUUUUUACAUUACCUUGUGCCAUCGUCUGAUGAAGCAGCGCAGUGAACUUGCCGAACAAACCGACUCUCUAUUGCGGGCCUGUUGGUCGCUUGCCGAGAUGCUUUUCAGCAUUCGACAGAACCGGCGGGACGGCAAGGCCCCUGAUGAGGAUCUUCUCGGUUCCGCGGUUCAAGCGUGUUGGGAACUAUGCGACAUUUUCAGGGAGGGCUGGACACAGAUUAGACCUGAACGUGGAACGCCACGCCCCAGUCAAGUUACAUUCUCAUGGCAUGCGCCGCAUGCAAUGGCUGCUGAGACUCGUAGCACAGCAGGAAGUCGGGCUUCGAUGCACUCCAAGCGAGAAAGCUUGAGGAGUGUCAACAGCGAGCGACCCAGGAAGCGAGAUGCACCGCCGGUACCUGAGACGCCCGUAACUGAGUUUGAGGAUACCCCUAUCUCUCCCGAGAGCUCCAGUCCUCAGAUGCCCAACAUACUUGUGCUAGGAACAAGCAGCGAGAGCAGCCGUGUGACUGUUCCGAGGUGGUCAAGCAGCGCCAGCAAUUUGUCAAGCUUCUCGCAGAGUAGCCAGAAGACCAGCAGCACUGCAACUGCCGGAAAGAAGACGAAAUCAAAGGUCACGGGCACCGGGGCGAGCGGAGCAGGGAGCAAUAUCAGCGGAGGGAGUUCCGGAGGUACUGUGGAGGAUAUCAACAUCACUCGUAUCAAGGCUUUGAUAGUCAAAGCGGCGAUGAACAUUGGCUUCAGCCGGGACAGCGCGUCCGCGAUGGCAGAUGGGACCGGCGGUGCGACUGCUCUUCAGGCGUUCGUCAAAUCACUGCCGUCUGGCUCUUUUGGAAACCUUCCACAGCAUGCAACACUACUUCAAAACUACAAGAACCUGGUCCUGAGCGACGCCGCGCUUGUUGGCAGCGGCGCCGCCGGUAACCUUCUACCGACACGAGGAAAGAGAGUUGGCGCGGUUGACCUUGCAAAGUCGGUGGGUUGGAUGAUGCACCGGAGCUCGCACUAUGGAUUUUUGAGGGAGCUGUACAAGCUGGUGUUUGGAUUCACUGUUGAAGAGGCCGAGAUGCGCAAGAACACGACCAUUGCUGUUUGAGGGGCACCAUGUUACUUUUCCCUCUGCAGUAAUUCUUGAGCAUGCCGACCUGGUUAAUUCUAGUGGAUCGACAGCUCGAGCCGGGUACGAUUGCGUCAUCAGGGGCGUACAGUGGCGGUGUUUGCACGUCACUGCCUUUCCAAAUCUGCCGUCAACGAUUGUUACGCUCCUUAGAGUACCCGGAGCCAUUCACUAUGGUGUUACUCGACGCAACCGAUUCGAUCAACCCAUCCAUGUCUUGCACAUGCAGCGUGUUGCAUGGCACAGCUACGAAAGCCUCAGUCAUCGAGGAUCGACAACCUAUUUUGAUGGCACAGUUUCUUCACAAUCAAUUUACACUGAAAGAUGUUUUUUGUUCAAAUUUUGCACCAUUUCGAUUUCAAGCUAGAUACCCCCUUCUUUUGGAUGGCAACAUUUGCUUUUAUCUGGCAAUCAUUUUACCAAUCGACGUUUGUCUUGUCACGCUUUUCUUUCCAUUUUUUUCGGACAUAUGACGACUAUGAAUCUUGUUCGCUUUAAAUCCUGGGAGGCAAAGAUUGUGAUUUUUUCUGCUUUCUGUCAAAAGAAUUGGAUGGCACUUAUCGUUUCACUUCUUGGAACUGGCAACGGCAACCUGUGAUUUCUUUUUACUUGAUUAUAUUACACAUCUAUUUAUUAGUUCCAAUGAUUAUUUGCC